ACAAUCCCCCCUCUAGUUUGCUGCAGGGCUGCUAACUACUUCAACAACCAGUUUAAAGAAGCUGUGACCAAGAAGUAGCAACUUUGCACAGAUAAAGUAUGUGUUAAGUAUCUAUUUGUGCAUGUGUUCAGUUUCGCUUCAUAAUUUAAUAAGGCGAAACGCUUAUAAAGUCACAACAUGGCAGAGAGUAACAGUCUGGCUGCUCACACGUCGUGCGCGCUGGUCGGCGCCUCUGUCCGGGUCCCUCUGCAGGAUGGACGAGCUGUAAUUCUGGGCCGGGGGCCGGACACCGGAGUCGCCGACAAGAAAUGCUCCAGACACCAGGUGAAAGUGGUCGCUUGCUUUGCAGACAAGGAUGCAGUUGUUACUCAGCUAGGUCCCAAUCCCAGUUUCCUUGAUGGUGAGAAGCUGGGCCGUGGUCAGUCUGGUAAACUCGCCCAUGGGGGCACCCUCUACCUGGUUAACCAGAACCACCCAUUAAAACUGCACUACUCCCUGAGCUCAAAUGGAACAGCCUCCAGCCCAGCACAGAGAGGGCUGAAAGCCACAGAUAAGACAAAAGGACGAAGGAACGGCAAAGAAAAAGAGGGGCAGUGGAGUCCCACGCCUAAACGCAGUAUAAAGGAUUUCUUUUCAGCCUCCCCCAAGAAGCCGUCUAAGAGGCCACUGAGCCCAGACAGGGGGCACCAUGACGUGAAGCGCCAAAGAAGAGAUGAGGAGGACUUAGGUGGAUGGAUGAAGGAAGAGGAGGAGGAUGAGGAGGAGAGACUGGCAGAGGAAAAGCUCAAGCAGCUGCAGAAGUUGGCAGAGAAGUCCAUGACACAGAGCACCCAGCCUUCAUCUUCUUCAUUGUCUUCAAAGGCCUGUGUAAAAAGUAGCUGGCAGCAGUUUGGCAACCUGAUGCUUUAUACUGCUGCUGGUGUCAAAGCCAGCGACAAGAUUGCUGGCUUUGACAUAGAUGGCUGCAUCAUCACCACCAAGUCUGGCAAAGUCUUUCCAACUGCACCAGAUGACUGGAAGAUUCUGUACCCUGAGAUUCAGCCCAGGCUGGCCAGCUUGCUCAAGAAAGGAUACAAGGUGGUGUUCUUCACCAACCAGAUGGGGAUUGCUAGAGGAAAACUGAGACCUGAAGUUUUCAAGUCUAAAGUGGAGGACGUCCUCACCACGCUGCAGCUACCUGUGCAGGUGUUUGUAGCUGCUGGUCCUGGUAUCUACAGGAAACCGGUGAUGGGAAUGUGGAAUCACUUGUGUGAGAAGGCUAAUGAUGGUGUUCCUGUUAACAAGACACAGAGUCUUUAUGUGGGAGAUGCUGCAGGAAGGCCAGAGAACUGGGCUCCAGGGAAGAAGAAGAAGGAUUUCUCCUGCAGUGACAGACUGUUUGCUCUGAACAUCGGGUUGCAGUUCCACACUCCAGAGGAGUACUUCUUGGGCUGGAAGAGCGCCCCCUACAGCUUACCUGAAUUUGACCCUAGGAAGCUUGACUCCUCCGCCAGACUGUACGACCCGCCGUCUGCCUCCCUCACUUCCAGCAAGACAGAGGUCAUUGUUGCUGUGGGUUUCCCUGCAUCGGGUAAAUCCACUUUCUUCCACACCCAUGUCAUACCAAAGGGUUACGUGUACGUCAACAGGGACACACUUGGUUCCUGGCAGAGCUGUGUGACUGCAUGUGAGCGCGCUCUGAAGGAGGGCCGCAGCGUCGCCGUAGACAACACCAACCCAGACCCCGAGUCUCGCAAACGAUAUGUGGAUGUGGCCAAGGCAGCAGGAGUGUCCUGUCGCUGUUUCCACUUCUCAGCCUCUCUGGAACAGGCCAAACACAACAACAGAUUCCGUGAGAUGGCUCCCUCAGACAGCAAACACCUCAAGGUCAAUGACAUGGUUUUCCACAGCUACAAAAAACACUUUGUGGCUCCUGCUCUCUCCGAGGGAUUCUCUGAGAUUCUCCACAUCCACUUUGUCCCUAACUUCAAAGACAGCCAAUCAGAAACGCUGUUCCGACAGUUCUCUGAAGGCUGAUUGGACUGCUGGCUGUCUAACACCUUUUGACUUCAUGGAGACAGAAAAAAAUUACAUAUUGCAACUAUUGAAGAAGUGAGAUCCAACCAACAAGCAAGACCUUCUGAAAGGGCAGGAAACUUGCAUUAGUUAGUAGAGACUGGCAUAUUUUUCUUCUCCAGCUGAGGAAUGUCUGAUGCUUAUAUGCAUACUGUAUGUCUAACGGCCUCAGACCACAACCUGAUGAUGUCAACUAGAACUGCAACACUGAAUCAAUCCAUCCAUUUAUUUCCAUCAUAUCUGCGCUUCAGGAGCUGAGUAUGCAUGUUAUAUUUGCUGGGUAUAGAAAGAAUAGGGUGGACAAAAACAAGUAGAAUAACUUUUAUAUGUUGUUUAUUAUUUUUUAACAAAAAGGCUAAAAGAAUCAUUGGUAUUCCACUAGACAAUAAAGCUUUAGAAAACACUUGA